AUGGAAAUGGGAUAUCCACGGGAUAUCCCAUGCUGUGAGGGUUUGGUUCGCUGUCUAAAUCGACACUUGAAUCAACACGUCGAUCUCUACAUGAAUCAACUCGAUUAUCACCUGGAUCAAGACGCCGAUCACCACCUCGAGCACAACUUGGAUCAACAAGUAGAUCACCUCGAUCAUCCACUGGAUCAACACGCCGAUCACCACCUCAAUCACUACUUGAAUCAACAUGUAGAUCACCUCGAUCAUCAACUGGAUCAACACCCCGAUCACCACCUCGAGCACUACUUGGAUCAACAAGUAGAUCACCUCGAUCAUCCACUGGAUCAACACGCCGAUCUCCACCUCAAUCACUACUUGAAUCACCGCGUCGAUCACCUCGAUCAUCACUUGGAUCAACACGCCAAUCACUAA